ACAGCAAGCUAGGAGCAGAUGUGGAGUAGUAAAGUUGGAGAGAAUUUUGAUGAGUUGGGCAAGAUGCUAUGAGUGGAUUAGCCUAGAUCUGGUGAAAAGAGACAGGCAACGGCUGAGUUAGUGUCUUGGCACCUCCAUUAGAAGUGGUAAUCCAGUGUGUCAAAGGUGGGUGAGUAGCAAGAGAAAAUUGGCUUCCUUUCUUGAAGGUGGCGAGUGUAUAACGGGUAGCUGCAUGGAAGGAGCAGUAAUCAGAUGGCCACCUUCUUCGCUUUGUGCUAGGAAACAAAAUCAGCUGUAAGAGUCCAUGUGGAUCUCGGAAAUAGAGGGAUUUGAAAAAGUUAACUUUGCACAAAGAACAAGAACUUUACCAUCUCCUCUUUGAUCUGAAGACUGGGGGACCAUGGAUAUUAUAGAGACAGCAAAACUCGAGGAACAUAUGGAAAACCAAACCAAUGAUCCUGCAAAUACUUACACAAGACCUGCCGAACCUGUUGAAGAAGAAAACAAAAAUGGCAACAGUAAGCCUAAGAGCUUAUCCAAUGGGUUGCGAAAGGGAGCCAAAAAGUACCCGGACUAUAUCCAAAUUGCUAUGCCCAACGAAUCAAGGAACAAAUUUCCCCUGGAGUGGUGGAAAACAGGGAUCGCCUUUGUCUAUGCUCUUUUCAACCUCGUCUUAACAACCGUCAUGAUCACAGUUGUGCACGAAAGGGUGCCUCCCAAGGAGCUCAGCCCUCCACUACCAGACAAGUUUUUUGAUUACAUUGAUCGGGUAAAAUGGGCAUUUUCUGUAUCAGAAAUAAAUGGGAUUAUAUUAGUUGGAUUAUGGAUCACUCAGUGGCUGUUUCUGAGAUACAAGUCAAUAGUGGGGCGCAGAUUCUUUUUUAUCAUUGGAACUUUAUACCUGUAUCGCUGUAUCACAAUGUAUGUUACUACUCUCCCUGUGCCUGGAAUGCACUUCCAGUGUGCCCCAAAGCUCAAUGGAGACUCUCAGGCAAAAGUACAACGGAUUCUACGGUUGAUUUCUGGUGGUGGAUUGUCCAUAACUGGGUCCCAUAUCUUGUGUGGAGACUUCCUCUUCAGUGGUCACACCGUUGUGCUGACACUUACUUAUUUGUUCAUCAAAGAAUAUUCGCCUCGUCACUUCUGGUGGUAUCAUUUAAUCUGCUGGCUGCUGAGUGCCGCCGGGAUCAUCUGCAUUCUUGUAGCACAUGAACACUAUACUGUCGAUGUGAUCAUUGCUUAUUAUAUUACAACACGGCUGUUUUGGUGGUACCAUUCAAUGGCCAAUGAAAAGAACUUGAAGGUCUCUUCACAGACUAAUUUCUUGUCUCGAGCAUGGUGGUUCCCCAUCUUUUAUUUUUUUGAGAAAAACGUACAAGGCUCGAUUCCUUGCUGCUUCUCCUGGCCACUCUCCUGGCCCCCUGGCUGCUUUAAAUCUUCAUGCAAAAAGUAUUCACGGGUUCAGAAGAUUGGUGAAGAUAAUGAGAAAUCUACCUGAGGAGCAAAACAAAGGCAUCAGCUCUUAAACCAAAAGAGUUAAAAACGCUGUAACCAAAGGCAUAGUUUUGGGUUUUUAUUUCAGAAGAACUGGCUGGUAAAGGAAGAAGUGGACCAAAUUUUGUGUAAAGGAUUAGAAAGAUGAACGAAGUAUUACCCUUUGACUGCUUUUCUGAUUCAUCCUGAGAAAGGUAUAUUCUCCUGCACCCUCUCCUUCAUUGGUGACAGGUCCCCUCCCCCCACUGGGAUUUUACUAAUGAGCUUGUUAAAGAGGUGCCAAAGAACAUUCUGUACCUUUCCUUAUUCUAUCUCUACUAAAGCCGUCUACAGAAUUUUUUCAGGAUUUUUUUUCUCCACGGUCAGAAGAAUUUGUUAAUGUUUUAAAUAAACUCUCUGGAUAUAUACAGCUACUGUGUAAAUAGAAUUACCCAAUGUUGAAAGUGGUUUUAGAAUUAGGCUUAUUAAUGAGGGGGAGAUCCAUGGUUAGGAGUAAACUGGACGUGAAGUUUGUUUCCACUUUGUCAUGGGGAAGGUCAGGGUCGGGUCUGGGAAUGUGCACUGCUGCUACCACCCAAUGCACUAUGUAUCACUUUUACUUUAUUUUUUUAACUGAUAGUUAUCUAAAUAUAAAUAUACCUACAUAUAUAUGUGUGUAUAUAUGUAUGUAUAUAUAUAUAUAUAUGUAAAGGAAAGGUGAUCUAAGUAAAUAUGGAAGUAUUUGACACAUCUCACAGAUUUUGUGUGUGUGUGUGUACAUAUUUUCCCUUAGAAUCUCUAAGACACAUACACAGGACACCUGGAGCUGUUUCUGCUAAACAGGUGGUCCUUGGGUACACGCUUAUAUGCUAUCUGCCUGGUAGAUAUGCAUCUGGUACCCCUAGGGCAGGGCAGUCAGCUGCUCCAGCACUUGCUGAAAACACAUAGGUGUGUGAACUGAUGAUAAUGCCAGCUGGGGAGCAAAGCUGCCUUUCUCUCCCGUUCUACCCUGUGAGAGGUCUGUUUUAGAGCUUCUCAUUGGAAUGCAGAAAUACAGUUGGUCACAUUUCACUGCAAACGAUUUCUUCUUUAGUUACAUUGUACUUUAUGGAGAAACCAAGGAGGGGUCCAGAAAUGUAAUGUAUCCUUGCCUUUUAGCAAGAGACUCAGCUUCUUAUAAACUGGUCCUAAGGACAUAUGCCACAAUUGAGUAAUUUUACUUUGAUCCUGAACUCACACCACGGUGCUGCACUAUAACCUACUGUUGGGAUCGGUCUGUUAGACAGCUUAUAGCUCCUCAGUAAAGGGGGAUCAUCGUUUCUAAAGUUCUCUGAAGUGGUGCAAAAAGAAGGUGGAUUUUUAAAAAUCAGAUCGGAUCAAUGCUGUCCCGAGUUAACCUCUUGAGACGUCUAGUGAGUUUAAAAAAAGGUUUGUGGUUACAAAAUCAGAGAGGCCAAUGAGGCCAAUGAGAGGGCAGUUACAUUUAUAUUGAAGGUGAAAAUUUUCCUCCACUUAGGAAUGAGAAAUAUCCAUAAAUUUAUUACAAACUGGUUUGCCUUGAUCUGAUACACAAAAUUGACCUUCAGAUUGCUUGAAGAAGCACAACACAAAUCUUUUCAGAAGAGUCCUUAUUUUUGGUGCUAAAAUUCUGUGUGUGUAUUCAGUAUGGCUCUUUCUCUGUGCAACAGAAGAAUCACUAAAGGAAAGAUAGUUGAAUUCAAAGGGAGGAAACAAAACACUCUUCAUCCGAUUAUUUAAAACAAGAAUCGAAACCUUAAACAUCCUUGUCAGGCUUUGAAAUGCAAGGAAUUUUCAGGUAUUUGUUAUUAAAUAAACCAAUAAGAAAUAUAUCUGUAGCUUCUCCGAUGUGCUUAGUCAUAAUUCUGUAUAAUAACUUCCUUUUAUUAAAUAUUGACACUUGUGAUAUUUAAGGGGUUAUGCUUGAAAACACGGAGUUUAGAUUCCUGCUCCCUGAUUAUGAGGAAAAGCAUCUGACACUGAAGCCUGGGUUUUAUGCUCCUUACAUUGAUAUAUUCCUUGAGCAUCUAAUUCCUAACUUGAUAUACCUGAGAGCCUUAUUCAGCAGUGUCUUGGAUAACCUAAUUUUCUUCAAUUAAGUAAGGAAAGGUAGGAUUUAAAAAUCACGGUGCGUGGAUUGCCAGAGACCCUUGAAACAGUAAAGCUUGCAUUUUAGUCAAGUAACACAGUUUAAAAAAACACAUCACCUUUUGAAGAACUUUAAAAACCUCUCUGACCUCACAUGUGGACUCUAUUGUUCACGUGUUCUUUACAUGUAUGUCUCAUAGAUGUCUAGUAGACCCUGAGGAAGUAUGUGGUUUGAAAAUAAGGAGGGCAAAUACCAAAGUUUCAAGAUGAGGAAAGAAAAGAAGCAGUGAAACUCCUUUACAUUUAGGAAAGCAAACUUGAGGCUUAACCCAACAUGCCACUUUAGGAUAGAAAACUUAAACCAUUAUGAUCUUGCUUUUGAAACGGUAAAUUUUUGGAGCUCCAUUUCCUUGCUAAUUACAGUACAAGAUCUUAUCUGUUAUCCUUGCUUUUGUAAACCAGUGCUCCUGUUUGAAGUUUUUCUUGUAAUUUAGUCCUUCUGUACAUUAUCUAUCACAUAAAAUUCCUGUAAAUUAUGCCGUAUUUGUUCUAAAUUCUUUCAAGUGGAAUUGGAUUCCUCUAUUUUUUUUUUUUUGAGCUCCUCCACAGCUCUGAAAAUAAAGCAUUGUUCCCAGCUCCACCCAAAGUAAUUUUAAAUUUGUUAUUUAAUUUUACUGGCAUCUUGAGAAACAAGCUAUGCUGAGGAAAGAAGGCUAUUUUGAGUGAGCCCAAGCCCCUGGUCUGGUGGAAUGAGGACAUUGUGUAAGGUUCUAUGCUGUAUACCAGUGCCCCCUUGUGGAAAUAUGUUAUAUGACUUAGAAUGCAAACUUGGCCACUUUUAAAAGUAUAUUCUCAUGUUUUUAAAGAGCAUUUGUUUGUUUGGUUGGUUGGUUGGUUGUUUUGUUUUGGGUUUUCUUGCCAAUAGUCUGAAAACAUCAUGCAAAAGGAACUUAAAAGGUAUGUUAAACGUUGCCCCAAGGGAAAAUGUGCUCAGAUCGAAGGGGGUUGCAAUUCUAAUCUUUCAUCCAUUUGAUCAAAGAAAAUUUGCAGACCAUUUUACCUCUCAUUGUCACAAUCAUUAAUGUCUCCCUUUAUAACUACCUAUGCUUUGUUUACUUUGAAACACCAGGUUGGCUGUCUUUCUUAUUUUUUAUUAUUAUUAUUAUUAUUUUUACAUGCUAGAGCUCAUACAGUUUCGUUUUUAAUUAAAAGGUUCACAUCUUGUUUCUUUAAUAUUUUGAACAUUUCUUUUUAAUUAUGUGUUGUUUUUGUUUUACACUGUAAAACCGAUUAAAAAUUUAAGCUGGUCUUAACAGACUCACUUCUGUAGGAAGUGUGAGAAGGAAUUUCUUAAUAAAUGAGUUUACAAGUUUUAAAUGAGCAUAUGAUAAGUAAUAUGCCAUGUGUUGAAGGCUCUUCUAUUUGUAUGUAUAAAGAUUUCUGGUAUUUUUUUAAAUGUCAUUGUGUUGCAAUACUUUAACUCCUUUGACUUACUUGCUAAAAAUAUUUCUUCUAUUAAGAAGUGCUCUUGACUUCAGUACCUAAACACUGAAAAUCAUGUCAAAGGUACCCAAAGAUAAGUUUUUAUACAGGUAUACACCUUAUAAGUUCUCAUUUAUUUUAUUACUCCUUAACUAUACUGUGUUCUAAAUGAAUCAUGAAUGAGAAUAGCUCUUUAUUAUGGAAUUAUUUAAAAACUGUCCUUUAAAAGAAAAAGAAGAAACUGUAAACAUAAUCUAGUUGCCAAGUUGGAAUUCAUUAUUUAAUUUACCUCCUAUGCAAUGAUUAAUGCUGCAAAAUGUAUGGUUAUGUUACAGUAUAUUCACAAAAGAUAUAUUAUUACAAGGUUUGAGAGGUAGCCAAUUGCAUUCUUUCGGAAAUUUACUGUACUGUUUCAAUGUGUUAAGUGCCUUGUUGUAAAGUAAAAUGUUAAGUCUAGAAUUCAUUAUUUUCCUGACAUAUUUUUCAUUAUGAUAUAUACUGUAUGCUAUUGUAAUAGUUUUAUUAAAUGCUUAUAUUUUAAUCAAACAUGUAAAUUUCAGAAGCUCUUUUCUCCUACCCACCAGUACCUUAACCAUUGGUCUAUCAUAUGGGCUUUGCAUUCAAGUCUGUUUUUUUGGUUUUUUUUUUUAAGAGGACAUUAUCUUUGUUUAGAAAUGUUUUCCAUGCUUGUGCUUUUAUGUUUGUAAAAGACAUUUCAGAAGGAAUUUAGGAAUGGAA